GUCAGUCUUGCAUUCAACCUCACUCCUUCAAGGGAAGUGUGGGGCUCUGAUAUGUUUGAUCAUUCGGGGAAGCCUUGUAACUCCAUACCUGGUGAUUCGGGAUGUGUGUUGCUUGGCAAUGAACGAUGAGUCAUUCUUGCGUUCAACCUAACUCCUGCAAAGGAAGUGUGGGGCUCUGAUUUGCUUGAUAAUGCCGGGCAGCGAAGUGACUCCAUGCCCGGUGGUUCAGGAUGUGCGUUGCUUGGCAAUGAACGAGUCGAUCAGUUAGUCUUGCAUUCAACCUCACUCCUUCACGGGAAGUGUGGGGCGCUGAUACGCUUUAUAAUGUGGAGAAGUCUUGUAACUCCGUACAUGGUGAUUCGGGAUGUGUGUUGCUUGGCAGUGAACGAUGAGUCAUUCUUGCGUUCAACCUCACUCCUUCAAGGGAAGUGUGGGGCUCUGAUAUGCUUGACAAUGCGGCGCAGCUAAGUGACUCCAUGCCCGGUGAUUCGGGAUGUGUGUUGCUUGGCAGUGAACGAGUCGAUGAGUCGGUCUUGUAUUCAACCUCACUCUUUCACGGGAAGUGUGGGGCUUUGAUAUGCUUGAUAAUGUGGAGAAGUCUUGUAACUCCUUACCUGGUUAUUCGGGAUGUGGUUUGCUUUCCGGUGAACGAUGAGUCAUUCUUGCAUUCAACCUCACUCCUUCAAGGGUAGUGUUGGGCUCUGAUAUGCUUGAUAAUGCGAGGCAGCCGAGUGACUCCAUGCCCGGUCAUUCGGGAUUUGUGUGGCUUGGCAGUGAACGAGUCGAUGAGUCAGUCUUGCAUUCAACAUCAGCCGAAAUGAUUCCAUGCCCGUUGAUUUGGCCGUCAUCGGGGUCUGCUACAGCGUCAUCGAGGUCUGCUACAGCGUCAUCGAUGUCUGCUACAGCGUCAUCGAGGUCUGCUACAGCGUCAUCGGGAUCUGCUACAGCGUCAUCGAGGUCUUCUGCAGCGUCAUCGAGGUCUGCUACAGCAUCAUCGAGGUCUGCUACAGCGUCAUCGAGGUCUGCUACAGCGUCAUCGAGGUCUGCUACAGCAUCAUUGAGGUCUGCUACAGCGUCAUCGAGGUCUGCUACAGCGUCAUCGGGGUCUGCUACAGCGUCAUCGGGGUCUGCUACAACGUCAUCGAGGUCUGCUACAGCGUCAUCGAGGUCUGCUACAGCGUCAUCAGGCAUCAUUGA